AUGUCGAACACAAUCUCAGAGGCCGCGCCAGCGCCAGCACCACCGUCAGAUACUGCCUCCAAACAGGCUGGACUACGAAAGAAUGGCAAGCAAUGGCACACAACCAAGAAGCCCUUUCGGCCGACUGCCGGAAUGACGGCAUAUGCACAACGUAAGACUAGAGACCAGGAGAAGGCAGCAACAAAAGCACUCGAGCAAGAAAUGCGUGACGAGAAGGAGGCGGAGCGGAAUCGACGUAUUCAAGUCAUCAAAGAUCGACGGAAAGCCAAGGAGGAGAAGGAACGGUACGAGAAGAUGGCAGAGAAGAUGCAUCAGAAGCGGGUGGAGCGGAGGAAGCGGAGGGAGAAGAGGAACAAAUUGCUCAACAGUUGA